AUGCGCUACCAUCAAGCCUGCAGACUCUUCAAGAACAAGCACUGGGAGACCCUAUGGCAAAGUAAUAUCCCAGACCUUAACGCGUUGAAAGAAAGAUGUCAAUAUACUUUCGUAGCUAUAGAUUUUGAGGGGCGGAUCACCAAGGAUGAGCCUAUCGGUAUUACUGAGAUCGGACUCGCUGUCCUAACCCCUUCUGCCGCUACCAGCACCAUAAGUCCAGAUGAUCUUAGAUAUCAAGGUCAAGCACCAGAAAUCUUCUUUAAACAAAACGCAAUCGAAAGCUAUUCGAUCCAAAUCAAGGGAAGGGAGCGAAAGAAGAAAUAUCGAGACCGAUACCGUUUUGGCCCAGUCCAAGAAAUUGAAGCUGAGCAGGCCGAGGAUACACUGGUCAGUUUAUUACAAUCGAUUCGACACCGGUCCAAGAAUCCCUUGGUUCUUGUUGGGUUCGAUCUCGUCUUUGAAUUCAAGACGAUUGCAUCACAUCUCUCCCAGAUCACCCAAUAUUUCACAUCCUGGAUUGAUUUACAAGAAAUCAUGACGGAAAUCUCUAACACAAAGAGUCCAGGUAUGAAAGCUUCGCUUCUUACUUUCGGAUUCUUUUCAAAAGACUUGACUACCCGCGGUAAAUGGGAUCAUAGUGCUGGAAAUGAUGCAGUUCACGAACUGGCUAUCCUCGUCAACCUGCUAAAUCUAAGUAAGGGCAACACUAUUCAUAUUCAACCGAUCAAACAGCUUAAAGACGAGAAUACGUUACGAAGAAUUUGGUCGAGGAGUCAACCAGGCCCAAGGGAACUUUAUCCUUUCACAGCUAUGAUUCUUCUCGAGGGCAAGCGUUUAAAGUCUUUUGUCCCACAUUUACCGCAUCUACUCGGUAUGUUUUCCAGCUAUCGACCGUCAGCAGUAGGGAUGGCCCGGAAUGGCAAUUGCGGUUGGAUAUGCCUAUCAACAGCAGAAGAUCUAAAUCGGUUCAUUAAUGACCUUCAUGGCCACGAGUUCAAAGGAGAGACGUGGAUCGCCGUCACAGACUACGACCCCCAGAUAUCGCAUCCGACGCCAGAGCAGCUUCGCGAAGCCAGACGAGCAAAGCAGGAAGCUCAACGAGAGCAAAAACAACAGGAACGUCGCGCGAAAAGGGAAGUGGAAUCGGAUUAUCUGGUUAAUAUUAGAUGA